AUGGGUUCUGUGGCCUAUUCUUGUUUUGCUCCUCUUAAGCAUCACCACCUUCUUCUUCUUGGUUUCUUCUUGGUCCUCCUUCUGCAAACGGUUGAGGUUGGAUCCAGCACCCUAAACUACACAACUGAUAGGAAAGUCAACAGCUUGAGGCUCCAAAGGAUACAGAGACACUUGGACAACAUCAACAAGACCCCUGUCCUCACCAUACAGAGUCCAGACGGUGAUCUCAUAGAUUGUGUCCACAAAAGAAAGCAACCCGCUUUAGAUCACCCCCUUUUGAAGAAUCACAAGAUCCAGAGAGUACCAAGUGAAAUGCCAAAGGGUAUGAAGGUGAAGGGUGGAAUGGGGAUGGGAAUGCAAAAAUGGCAUCAAAAUGGGACCUUCUGUCCAAAAGGAACUGUUCCGAUACGGCGGAGCACCGUGCAUGACGUGUUGAGAGCAAAGUCUUUGUUUGACUUUGGGAAGAAACGACGACGCUUUUCUCUAGCACGCAGCGACGCCCCCGAUGUAGUUACGGGCAAUGGUCAUGAGCAUGCAAUCGCAUACACUGGAUCAGCGGAGGAGGUGUACGGGGCAAAGGCAACGAUAAAUGUGUGGGAACCUUCAAUCCAAGUAGUCAACGAAUUCAGUCUCUCUCAGAUUUGGAUUCUUUCUGGUUCCUUUGAUGGCUCAGAUCUCAACAGCAUUGAAGCUGGAUGGCAGGUCAGUCCGGAGCUUUAUGGUGACACCAGACCCAGAUUAUUCACUUACUGGACGAGUGACUCGUAUCAAACAACCGGAUGCUAUAACCUUCUUUGUGCUGGUUUUGUGCAAACAAACAGCAGAAUAGCCAUUGGAGCUGCCAUUUCCCCCAUCUCAUCAUGUGAUGCUAACCAAUACGACAUCACCAUCCUCAUUUGGAAGGACCCAAAAAUAGGGAAUUGGUGGAUGAGUUUUGGUGAUGGGACGUUGGUGGGGUAUUGGCCAGAAGAGUUAUUCACACACUUGGCCGCACAUGCGACCAUGGUGGAGUGGGGUGGCGAAGUGGUGAACACUCGUGCCAAUGGGCAACACACCUCCACCCAAAUGGGAUCUGGGCACUUUGCUGGAGAUGGUUUUGGAAAAGCAAGCUAUUUUCGUAACCUUGAGAUUGUAGACACCGACAAUAGUCUUAGCUCGGUGCACAACAUCUUAACCCUAGCUGAGAACACCAAUUGUUAUGACAUCAAGAGCUCCUAUAGCAACGAAUGGGGCACAUACUUUUACUAUGGUGGCCCAGGCAACAAUCCUCAGUGCCCAUGA